UUCUCUCGAUCCCACCUGUCUGUCAGAUUUACUUGGUCCGGCGUUUUCACCCUGAAGCUCGGGAUUAUUUUUAACUCACCGACACACACGCUCAUCUGAGGGACUACAGAGCCCGUUCGAUUCAGUUUGGGACUAAAACUUUCGCCACCUGCUGUCGAUUGGCCUUUGGAGAUAUUGAUUGGCUCUUCUGCUGAAACUCAAAGGGGUUUCCUUUCCUGGGAAGUGGAGUUUUUCUAUGGUUUGCCACCACCCAGAUUGCCUAGACCUGAAUAGCAAAAGCCCCCUUCACCUGUGUGAGUCAUGUGACUCACGCUGCCAUUCAGAGAACACAGACAACAUGCACUUUGACCGGCACCCCCGAUUUGACUUACAACCUCAAGCCUCCAUCCUGGCUCGGAACGUGUCCACGCGCUCCUGUCCCCCGCGCACCAGCCCCCCCUCCGACCUAGAGGAAGAGGAAGAGGGGAGCAGUGACCGCGGGGAGCGUAAAACAGGGGGGAUAAAGUUGGUGAAAAAGAAGCCACGGAGACGACACACUGAUGACCCCAGCAAGGAGUGCUUCAGCCUUAAGUUUGAUCUCAACGUGGACAUAAACACAGAAAUCGUACCUGCGAUGAAAAAGAAAACGCUGAGAGAGGUUCUGGCACCGGUGUUUGAGAGGAACGGCAUUGAGCUGUCUCGGGUCGACUUGUUCCUGGAUCAGUCCAACACACCGCUGUCCCUCAACUUCGAGGCCUAUCGUUUUGGAGGACACUACCUCAAAGUCAAAGCACGGCUAGGUGACGAGCUGAAGGUGGAGCAGGGUGUGAAGGACUUGCGGUCGCUCAGUCUGCCCAACAUGAAGCCGUCUGCAGGUCAGAGCCCCUACAUCCUCACCCCAGGCAGCGAGAGGGUGGAGCACGGCUCUCUGGGACGCCGAGAGAGCAUCGAUCUGUUGGGUCAGGCGCGACGGAGGAAGAACAUGACGGAGUUCCUGGGAGAGACGAAUAUUCCCACCCCGGAUGCUCUGGGGCAGAUCGGCGGCUCCCUGCCCAGCGUGGGGGCCGGGCCCGACAGCUGGAAGAACCGCGCCGCCAGCCGCUUCAGCGGCUUCUUCAGCGCUGGAGCGGGACCCUUCGGCAAGGAGUUGGAUCGUCUGGAGCAGCUGCAGAGCAAACUCCACUCCUACACGUUGUUAGGGCUGCCCAAGGUGCCACGGCAGCUCUCCUUCCACCAGGACUCCUGGGAGGGGGAGGGGGAGACCAACCUGACCAUGGAGGACAGUUGGCAGACGCUGCUGGACAACACAGAGACACUCACAAGGCGACAGUUCCACCAGCAGGAGGCGAUAUGGGAGCUGCUGCACACAGAGGCUACCUACAUAAAGAAACUCAGAGUCAUCACCGAUCUGUUCCUGUGUGGGCUGCUGAACCUGCAGGAGAGCGGUCUGCUGACGGAGGUGGAGCCCACCAAGCUGUUCAGUAACAUCCAGGAGAUAGUCCGCCUCCACACGUCCCUGUGGAACAAGGUCAUGCUGCCUGUGCUGGAGAAGGCCAGGGAGGCCCGGGCUCUGCUCGACCCCACUGACCUGCAGGAGGGCUUCAGUACGUUUGGCUCCAGGUUCCAGCCCUACAUCCGUUACUGCAUGGAGGAGGAGGGCUGCAUGGAGUACAUGCGCACGCUUCUCAGGGACAAUGAGCUCUUCAGGACCUACGUCACGUGGGGAGAGACGAAGAAGCAGUGUAACCGUCUGAAGCUGGCCGACAUGGUGGCGAAGCCUCACCAGAGACUGACCAAAUACCCGCUCCUGCUGAAGAGUAUUCUCAAGAAGACGGACGAGCCGUCGGCCCGCGACAUCGUCAACAGCAUGGUGGCAGCAGUGGAGGGCUUCAUCAACAGCGUGGACUCUCAGAUGCGACAGCGGCAGGAACAACAGAAGCUGGCCACCAUUUCUGCCCGCAUAGACUCCUACGAGGCCGUAGAGGGCAGCAGCGAGGAGGUGGAGAAGAUCCUGAAGGAGUACAACCGCUUCGACCUGAUGGCUCCCAUGAGAGGCACGUCGCCGGAGGAGACUCGACAGCUGCAUCUGGAGGGAGCGCUGAGGAUGAAAGAGGGCAAAGACAGUCGGAUGGACGUCCAUUGUGUCCUGUUCACCGACCUGCUGCUAAUUACCAAGCCAGUAAAACGAGUGGAGAGAGUGAAAAUCAUCCGCCAGCCCCUCCUCAUUCACAACGUCGUCUGUAAGGAGCUCAAAGACCCCGGCUCAUUCAUCCUCAUCUACCUCAAUGAGUUUAAGAGUGCAGUGGCAGCCUACACUUUCCAAGCCAACAGCGCCACCCAGGGGCGAAGCUGGAUCGAUGCGAUCUGCAACGUCCAGAACCAGCUCCAGAGGCUCCGCACCGAGGAGGUCCUCCGGCAGCAGAACAGUCUGAAGAGAUGUAUGCAGGGCGACGAAGAGGAGGAGGAGGAGGAGGAGGAGGAAGAUGAGAGCAGCAACUCCACUGCCAGCUCUCCAUGCAUGAGGCACAAAGACCAGCAGAACUCAAGUCAAUCCGACGGUUCCACUGAGACCCUGUCAGUGAUGGACAUUGAUGAACCACGCGAACACCAAGACCCUCCUGCCCCCAACAUGAACCUCGAGGGAACCACUGAAAAGGACUCGGAUGUGGCCCCCCUGUCUGAAAGGUCUGAGGUCCAGCACUCUGACUCCACGAGCCCCCGCAGAGUUCCCUCCAGUGUUUACUCAGAGCGCGAUCAGGAGACAGGACCUGACGGCGAGGAGCUGGACCCCCAGUGUCGCUCCCUCUCCAUGGACAGCGCCUACGGUACCCUCUCCCCCGAGUCCCUCCUGAGAGAACUGCAGCCACAGCCGGGCCAGAGUGAAGGAGAGGAGACCGAGGAGGAAGAGGGGGACAUGGAGGGGGAGGAGGGGGAGCAGGAAGAGGCAGGAAUAGAGGAGGUGGAAGAAGAGGAGGAGGAAGAGGAGGAUGCUGCCUCGCUGGGGUCCCAGCUCUCAGUAAUCCAGUCCUCUAAACCUCGCCGCCGGCCUCACAUUCAGCCACGACUCGACUGCCUCCAGAGGCUGUCCACUCUGGCCUUAUCCCGCUCCGAAGACAAUCUGCUGCAGCGCCUCCACGGCAAAGCCCCCAUAUCCCACACACACUCGCUGCGCUCUGAGACGCAGGACCAAUCACAACGCAGGGACAUGGACACGUCGCCGCUGGCGCACAGUCGAAGCAUGUCAGAGCUGGGCCAAAACUGCUUGGAGCUGCUCUCCAGUGACUUCGACCAGUGUGUCGACAAGCUGUGCGCCACCCUGAGGAGGGCGGAGGCCAGGCACGGCCACGCGGCGCCGGCGGGAACACGUGACCGUAACGAGUCCCAGCGCAGCAGCUCCGACGGGGAAACGGCGGCACCUGCCUGCGCGGACAGGAAAAACGAGUCGACGGCGGCUGGCGAUUCGGCGGAAGUGUCGCCCAAAAAGAGGAAAUCGCCAGCGCAGCAGCACAAGAAGCUGACGCUGGCUCAGCUGUACAGGAUACGCACCACUCUGGUCCUCAACUCCACACUCACUGCAUCGGAGGUAUAACCACUCUUCCAAACAGCUGAUCGGUGGCAUGUGGGCAAGACGAGGAUCGACACUUGUUUUGCUUUGAUGGACUGAUUUCUUGAGACACAAAUGCACUCUCUCUCUUGCUGCCCCCUCCCUUCCUGUUGCUUUUUGGACACUUGAUCGUACCAUUUUUGCAUUUGAACAAUAACUUUUUUUUUCAUUUUAUUUUUUUUUUGCUGUUGAAUUGGUUUCUGAAUUUUCUGGAGUGGAAGGGAGAGGCAGAGAGACACAUUAACUGCUUGCACUUUGCAACUGAAGUAGCAUUACGGGGGCUGGGACCUUAAGGUGGGACGGUGUGCGAGGCGUGGAAGUGCUGCACCUGCAGAGGGAGGAGAAGUCCGGGUGGAGGUCUCACCGCCCUGCGCCGGAGAGGAGGUGGAGCUGCAUCUUCUCCGCCUCAGAGGGACACUCAGCACCUGGGACGUCCUCCUGAUAUUUGUACUACUCCUGGUUUGCUUCAACAAAAGAAAAAAAAAAAGAAAAUUGCACAGUUAUCUAUGUUAAGUAGAAGAAUCACUAAGGAGUGGAUUUACAUUUACAGUCACACGGUCUCACAAUGAAUCUGAAUUUAUUGUUUGCUGCUCGUGUCUGCUCGUGUACAGAUGUGUUUGUCUGUGUGUGUAUGUGCGUGCGUGUGUGUGUGUGAACGAAUGUGCUCGAAUGAUACAUGGUCCUCGAUUCCUGACUGAACCAAAACUGAUUCCCGUCUCCUGUGAACGCGCUAACACACCCAAAGAUGGAAGACCUGAGUAGCCGGUAGAUUUCCACCACAAGGUGCACCCAGAGGUCCAAAACAGCCGGUGACGCUAACCGCCGCAUCACAGGCGGACUUCUUCUUCUCUGCUCUGCUUGAACUAAUGACAUUUAGUAUGUGGAAGUAAUGUGAAGAUGAGCUGAUCUCCUAAAAAACAAUGACUGAAUAUGGGUGACUAAAGGUGUGCACUAUAUAUAUAUAUAAAUAUUAUAUAUAUAUAUAUAUAUAUACACAUACACCUGGCUUGUGUGUCCAUUUACAGUUGAAGCCGAGAUGUAUCAAAGCCACGUACACGAGUGCACAAGCAUGACUGUGGUCAUAGAGGAAUAAAGCAGUGGACAGUUGAGUGACGCCGUACUGGAGCGCCUUGUUUCCUGUGUUUCGUUAUGACGGCAGUGGUUUGGGUUGGAUGUCCUGUCGGGAGUGAAUCUGCAGAGCUCGCUUCAGUUUUUCCAGAUUUAUUUAAAAAAAAAAAAAAAAUCGACCACCACAGAAACUAAACAUUCACA